AUGUCGUCCAAGAUCCCAGGCAUGCAGCACCUGCAAUCCUUCACUCAGCGAAAGGAUAAGGAAUGCCGAAAGCCCGAAGAGGGGCUCAAAAAUGACUUGAUCAUUCGUGCUGCCCGCGGUCAUCAGACUGAGCGUGCUCCAUGCUGGAUCAUGCGUCAGGCUGGCCGAUACCUUCCGGAGUUCCGCAAGAUCCGUGAAGACCACGACUUUUUCGAGUGCUGCCGCGACCCUGAGCUGGCGUCGGAAAUCACAGUGCAACCUAUCCGUCGAUACUCUGGUCUGCUCGAUGCUGCCAUCAUCUUCUCCGACAUCCUCGUCAUCCCACAAGCUAUGGGUAUGGAAGUGGAGAUGCUUCCUGCCAAGGGACCCCACUUCCCCGACCCGCUGGUGACGCCCAAGGACAUUGCCACCAAGCUUAAAAAGAAGGUGGAUGUCGAAAAGGAGCUUGGCUACGUGUACGAGGCAAUCAAAUUGACUCGCACCAAGCUUGACGGCGAAGUGCCACUGAUCGGAUUCUGCGGUGCUCCCUGGACUUUGAUGGCAUACAUGGUGGAAGGUGGAGGAAGCAAGACAUUCGAGAAGGCCAAGACAUGGUUGUUCAAGUACCCGGAGGAGUCAAAGCAACUUUUGCAGAGGAUCGCUGAUGUCUGCACUGACUUCCUUGUGGGCCAGGUCAAGGCAGGUGCGCAGUUGCUGCAAGUGUUUGACUCGUGGGCUGGCGAGCUCUCGCCUUCUGACUUGCGUCAGUUCUCGCUGCCAUACCUGCGAUCGAUUGCUGCUUCGGUGCGCGACAUUCUUUCGACCAAGUCGAUUCCAUGCCCACCUUUGAUCGUUUUCGCUAAGGGUGCGCUUGGCCACUCAUUGCCCGAGGUAGUCAAGGCUGGCUAUGACGUUGUUGGUCUUGACUGGACCGUGGAGCCUUGCGUGGCGCGUAAGGUGGUAGAGCUUGCUUCGCCAGGCAAGUCGAGCUACAAGAAUGCUAGUGGACAGAACGAGGCCGGACAUCGAUUGGCGUUGCAGGGUAACAUGGACCCUGCUGUCCUGUACGCUGGCAAGGAGGCCAUCGAGGCCAAGGUGGAGGAGAUGCUGCGAUCCAAGAAGGGUGGAUUUGGUGGCGGAGGAGCUUACAUUGCCAACUUGGGACACGGUAUCACGCCCGGUGUGGACCCUGAGGCGGUCAAGAUCUACCUCAAGGCAGUGCACAGGAUCAGCCGCCAAGUCAACAGUGCUCAGGAUGAAGAGUAA